AUGCUGUUCAUUGACUACAGCUCAGCAUUCAACACCAUAAUACCCUCCAAACUCAUCAUUAAGCUUGAGACCCUUGGUCUUCACCGCACCCUGUGCAACUGGGUCCCGGACUUCCUGAUGGGCCGCCCCAGGUGCCCUCCACCCACCCCCCAGCCCAUCCCUGCCGCCCCCAGUCUACCCCAUCUCAGCCCACCCCAGUCCACCCCACCCCAGCCUAACCCAGUCCACCCCAGUCACCCCCCAGCCCAUCCCUGCCGCACCCAGUCCACCCCACCCCAGUCCACACCAGUCCACACCACCCCACCCCAGCCCACCCCAGCCCACCCCAGUCCACCCCAGCCCAGCCUAACCCAGUCCACCCCAGUCACCCCCCAGCCCAUCCCUGCCGCACCCAAUCCACCCCACCCCAGUCCACACCAGCCCACACCACCCCACCCCAGCCCAGUCCACCCCAGUCCACCCCAGUCCAUCCCUGCCGCACCCAGUCCACCCCACCCCACCCCAGCCCAUCCCACCCCAGCCCACCUCAGUCCACCCCAGUCCACCCCAGUCCAGCCUAACACAGUCCACCCCAGUCACCCCCCAGCCCAUCCCAGCCCAUCCCAGUCCACCCCAGCCCAUCCCACCCCAGCCCACCUCAUCCACCCCACCCCACACCACCCCAGCCCACCUCAGUCCACCCCAGCCCAUCCCACCCCAGCCCACAUCAGUCCACCCCAGUCCAGCCUAACCCAGUCCACCCCAGUCACCCCCAGCCCAUCCCUGCCGCACCCAGUCCACCCCACCCCAGUCCACACCAGCCCACACCACCCCACCCCAGCCCAUCCCACCCCAGCCCACCUCAGUCCACCCCAGUCCACCCCAGUCCAGCCUAACACAGUCCACCCCAGUCACCCCCAGCCCAUCCCAGCCCAUCCCAGUCCACCCCAGCCCAUCCCACCCCAGCCCACCUCAGUCCACCCCAGUCCACCCCAGUCCAGCCUAACCCAGUCCACCCCAGUCACCUCCCAGCCCAUCCCUGCCGCACCCAAUCCACCCCACCCCACCCCACACCACCCCAGCCCACCUCAGUCCACCCCAGCCCAUCCCACCCCAGCCCACAUCAGUCCACCCCAGUCCACCCCAGUCCAGCCUAACCCAGUCCACCCCAGUCACCCCCCAGCCCAUCCCUGCCGCACCCAGUCCACCCCACCCCAGUCCACACCAGCCCACACCACCCCACCCCAGCCGCCCCCAGUCUACCCCAUCUCAGCCCACCCCAGUCCACCCCACCCCAGUCCACCCCAGUCACCCCCCAGCCCAUCCCUGCCGCACCCAGUCCACCCCAGUCCACACCAGCCCACACCACCCCACCCCAGCCCAACCCAGUCCACCCCAGCCCAUCCCACCCCAGUCCACACCAGCCCACACCACCCCACCCCAGCCCAACCCAGUCCACCCCACCCCAGCCCAACCCAGUCCACACCAGCCCACACCACCCCACCCCAGCCCAACCCAGUCCACACCAGCCCACACCACCCCACCCCAGCCCACCUCAGUCCGCCCCAGUCCACCCCAGUCCACCCCAGCCUACCCCAGUCCGCCCCAGUCACCCCACAGCCCAUCCCUUCCGCCCCCAGUCUACCCCUUUUCAGCCCACCCAGUCCACCCCACCCCAGCCUACCCCAGCCCACCCCAGUCACCCCCCAGCCCAUCCCUUCCGCCCCCAGUCUACCCCUUUUCAGUCGACCCCAGCCCACCCCUGCCUCCUGCCCCAUUCAGUUCCUUUUCACAGGGGAACAAACCAACAGAGCUGCCAGGGGUAAUGAAGAUGCCCCUGGGAAUGGACAUGGUUACAAAAUAACACAAACUAUCAGGCACAUAGGCGACAUGGGCCCCCGGCCGCUAGGGGGCCCCGACUAUUCAGAGUAA